GCCUGACAUUGGCCAGUCCCUACUCCAGCAGUUGGAAAAAGUUUAGUAAAUGCUCAGCUUCUUUAUUUACAGUUCACUUCAACCUGUAUGUCUCUUAUCUAAGCAACAGCAGAAUAACAUCAAGCAAUAGAAUAAGUCAAGCUAGGGUGCUUGUUUUCCAAAGGAGUGUUUUAUGUGAUUCUGGCAAGAAAUAUGUCUGUUAGCCCUUAUUGCUUAGGGUUUUUUUUGACUUUAACAGUGGGAUGAGAUAAGAUGUUGUAAAUCUGAGACCUCAAAAUACAGUUUCUUAAUCAUCUGUGUGGGUCAGUACUGCAGUACUUUGGUGGUGGGGAUCCUAUUGCUCUGGGUUUGCACCUGUUUCUAAUCCUUGAUAUUCAAGCUUGAUGAGUUUCCAGUCACCUUGAUUGGGGAGUCACUACUUCUCUUCUUUCAACUGCUUGAAAUAAUAUUGACUAAAUUGAUGUGAGGUUUGUGUGGCAUGGAAGGAGAUUUAGGUCUGUAACAAAGAAUGGCAGAGACCCUGGUUUGGGAAGAAACCUUGCUGCUUGUUUGCUUAAGGGGUUGAUUAGGGCUUCAUUGCACUUAGAGCUCAAACACUAACAAAACUGCAAUUGGCAGUGAUGGGCAGCUGCAAGGAAGAAGCAGUGUGGAGGCUGUUUAUCCUGGCAUUUUCCACUUAGCAGUUCUUCCGACUGGCAGCUCAGCUGGAAGCAAGAGCUAAGAGCUUCACUUGUAGAAAUCAGAAGUGAGGUUCUUCCUGCUGUCCUGCACAGGAAAUUCUUGUGAGAGGUGGAGCCUUACAUGGACACUGCAGGUACUCUCUCUCCCUUUGUUAGGUGAAAUUUGGAGCUUGGUUUUGUUAAGUCUGGUAAAAAGACUUCUGCCACCGCUUGCUCUCUGUGAGCCUGUUUUCCUCUGCCUGGGCUGCCAGCUAUUAGUUGGUUUAGGUUAGAAGAGGAAAUUGUUGAGAAAAAUUCUCUGCCUUAGGAGAAAUAUUGUAACACUAAUCAGCUUUUAAUUAUACGUAUCAGUUUCUCUAUGGUUAACAGCAGUUCUUUUUGUUCAGGGAGCUGAAGUUCUAUUCUUUGGCUUGCACAGCAGAGCAGAUCCUCACUUCUUAACAGUGCAGGAUCUGCAGAAGCACGUACCUGUUAAACGAAGGGGUAUAGCUGUGUUGGUUAUUUCAUGGAACUACUCUUUUUCUAAAUGCUAUUUGCAUAUCUUGGGAGAGAGUUUGUGAUUGCAAUCAGAACUUCUUGGAAGAGUUCCUGGCUGCAUUUAUAAAGGUCAUGCACUGAGGAGGAGUUUCUCUCUGUUGAUAUCCAGUACCUACUUUUAUUUUUUAAAACAUGGUUGAGUAUCUCUAAGUGAAAUACUUUUAUGCAUAGCAUUGCUGGUGAAAAAACCCAGAUCUGUACUUUGCUUUGGGAUAGGUUUUUCAGAUAGGCAGAAUUUGGGCUGGACAGUUGGUUUUUUCAUCAGCUGUCUUGGAUUUAGGCCAUGUACUCAAAAACCAGUGUAUUGACCUGUGGUCUGCAGCCACUUGGGGAUCACAGACUACUUCUGAAGGGUUGUCAAAAGGUAGCUUUGAAAAACAGUCCUGUUGUCAACUGCUGGGAAGCAACUGCAAACAAUCCACCAAGGAUUUUCCAGGGUGAAUGGACUGGGAAUUUUCUAUUUAUUUUUUUCCCCUAUUGUGGAGCUGUUUCCUCUUUGCCCACUUUGGGUUUCUCCUUCCACCAAAAGUUCAGAGUGCUCUUCACAUCAGUCAAAAGAAGGCUGUUGGUGCAGAUGCAAAUACCAGUUUCCCCCGAGGCUGCUCUUCUUGCUCCUGAAUAGCUCUGUGAAUAGAAGUGUAACAAAUUUGUACUGUACCUCUGGCUUUGAAGUUGGGUUCUUCCUAAUAAAAUCCUCCAACGCUUCCAGCUCUUUGUGUGAGCGUGUGUACUGAUAAGUAGAUUGUGAUACAAGGUCGAACCCUACAACAGUGGCUGUGGGCGGGAGGAUGUACCGCAGAGGCAUUAGCGCUGCUCAACUAGUUAGCUUAGCUAACUAACCUGCUACUGGGACAGGGUAAAGGUACCAGUUCCUGUCCUGAAAAAGGGCAGUAUAAGGGUUUGUCUUGUGUGUUGUCAGUGUCGAAGUGCCUGUGUCGACAGUGUUCCAGUGUGAAUCGUUUGAUAUCUAAGGUAUUAUUAAACCCAGUUUGGAAGCAGGUUUAAUGUGUGUGGAAGAUCCUAGUUGCUCAGCACGUGGAGGUGUUUUCAUUGCAAAUCUUACACAUCUGCUCUGACUGCUUGCUAAUCCCUCACAUUGAUGUGGUAGUCAGUGUACUGACCUUCCUUGUUCUUAAGUUGUCCCAGUCAGGUAAGAAUUGUGUGUGGCUGCUGCUUUUCACUGCCACUCUUUGGGGGUAAGUGACUAUCCUGGCUAGAGUUGCUGGGGUAUUGGCUGGAAUUCCACUUGGCUGCUUCUAUCAUGGAUCAGGGAGUUACUCCCAUGGGGAGCCUGAAUGCUGACCAGGAUGUUGGUGCCACAGUCUGAAUGUAGCCACCUGAAUGGGUAUCUGGCAGAGAUCUCAGCCUCCAGUGUGACCUGAUGCCAGUGAGAUGGAACAGGUGGAGAUGGGGUAUGUCAGAGGAGGACUUGCUUUUUUCUUCAGUGUUUAAAGCUGUUGCUAGACUUUGAGAACAGGUUUUCCCAGGCUGCCAUUGAUGGUAAAACUCUGCUCCAUCCCAGGGUCUAAUUCCCCAUUCUUACUCACUAGUUUGCCUUUUACACCAUAAAGAUAUUACUUGUCAUGUGAGAAGGUUGCACAGUAUGACUUAACCCUUGCCAAUGGACCUCUGUGCCAUUACUGGGCAUGGUAUGCUUACUGACUCUGGGCUGCAUCCUUGACUGACGCACUGGGAAGCUGGAGCUGGCCUCAAGCCACCCUGGUGGCCUUAUGUGACUUCAGAGAAGCUGUCCUGGGGAAAGUCGCUCAUGUUAGAAAAUGCUGCUCUGCUUUUCUUUUUUUCCCUGUGGCAGUAGGAGGGAGGCAGCACAGCACAGUUAUGGAGAAAACCCACAAACCUUUUAAUGCAAGCUGAUACAUUACUUUGUACAGGAUUGAUAAUGUUGGGCAGCAGAAGGUGGGCAGAGGAUAUCUAAUAGUUUACCACUGUCACAAGAAAUCCAUGUAGAGUAUGUAGGCACUUUCUGGAAGCAAAAGGAAGCCUGUUCUCAUGGCCCUUCCUGGCACCAUCUUCCCAGCAGGCAAUAAACUCAGCGUGUUCCCUUGUGCAUUAACUUUCCUCAGAGCUCACUCUGGAAAGCAUCUUCUUGCAGGUGCUCCACAACAUCAGCUUAACCUGGUGCUGGCUGGCCUCUUGCUGGACCAUUGAGCAAGGGCUUGUGGCUGGGAGGACCUGACCCUCUGGACUACGUUAGCAUGUACAGAAACCUGGGAAACCCAGCACUGAAUGUUCCUGAGCACUGGCACUACGUCAGCUUCGGCUUAAGUGACUUGUAUGGAGACAAUAGAGUACAUGAGUUUACAGGAACGGACGGACCAAGUGGUUUUGGAUUUGAGCUGACGUUUCGCCUAAAGAGAGAAACGGGGGAGUCAGCACCACCUACUUGGCCAGCAGAGUUAAUGCAAGGCUUAGCCAGAUACGUCUUCCAGUCAGAAAACACCUUCUGCAGCGGUGACCAUGUAUCGUGGCACAGCCCUUUGGACAACAGUGAAUCCAGAAUCCAGCACAUGUUGCUGACAGAAGACCCUCAGAUGCAGCCGGUGCAGACUCCUUUUGGGGUUGUUACUUUCCUACAGAUUGUUGGAGUUUGCACUGAGGAACUGCAUGCAGCUCAGCAGUGGAAUGGGCAAGGGAUAUUGGAACUGCUUCGGACUGUCCCAGUAGCUGGAGGCCCCUGGUUGAUAACAGAUAUGCGAAGAGGAGAGACAAUAUUUGAGAUUGACCCACAUCUACAACAGGAGAGAGUGGACAAAGGGAUUGAGACAGAUGGCUCAAACCUGAGUGGAGUGAGUGCCAAAUGUGCCUGGGACGAUCUCAGCCGGCCCCCAGAGGAUGAUGAAGACAGCAGGAGCAUUUGCAUUGGGACCCAGCCACGGCGGCUCUCUGGAAAAGAUACAGAGCAGAUCAGGGAGACUUUGCGGAGAGGGCUUGAGAUUAACAGCAAACCUGUUCUACCUCCAAUAAAUUCACAAAGACAGAACGGGUUGAACCACGACCGAGCACCAAGCCGUAAGGACAGCUUAGAGAGCGAGAGCUCAGCAGCUAUCAUUCCUCAUGAGCUAAUCCGCACAAGACAGCUGGAGAGUGUACACCUGAAAUUUAACCAGGAGUCCGGAGCACUCAUUCCCCUCUGUCUAAGGGGAAGGCUCUUACAUGGACGGCACUUUACAUAUAAAAGUAUUACAGGGGAUACAGCAAUCACAUUUGUAUCAACGGGAGUAGAAGGAGCCUUUGCUACAGAAGAGCACCCCUAUGCAGCACAUGGACCUUGGUUACAAAUUCUAUUGACCGAAGAGUUCGUAGAGAGAAUGCUGGAAGAUUUAGAAGAUCUGAAUUCUCCAGAGGAAUUUAAACUUCCAAAGGAGUACAGCUGGCCUGAAAAGAAACUGAAAGUUUCCAUCUUGCCAGAUGCCGUGUUCGACAACCCGCUGCAUUAGAGCUGAAUUACACCCUUCUAACAACUGGGAGAGCCAAGUUACUGUCCAUUGCCCAGUGACUCACAGGAUAAUUAAUGCAGUAAAAACUCUGCCUGCAAAUAAAAGAGUUUGCUGCGCAACCACUGCGAACAGAAGAGGAGCUACUCAGCACCAGCCCAGACCGAACUGAGCCCUAUCCUUUAUCCUUCCCAAGGCUGAGCUCUCUGGGAACAGCCUGCGUAUGUGUGAGUGCGAGUGAGAAAUAUUUAACUAUGAAAAUUAGUAGUAAGAAUCCUUUUUCUCUCUCCUAGCUACAGAACUCCCCUCUGCCUUAGCUCAGGGUGUAGAUGCUCUGCACGCCUGUAUUUACACAUGCGUUUCUGCCAGGUGCGAGCCUAUAAUCCAUGGAUUAAAUGUUCUUUACGUGA